AUGAGUGGCACAGGACUCGGAUGGCCCGCUUUAGUGCCACCAUACCGCAACCGCCUUGAAGAGUGGUUUAGCACGCCUGAGAAAUUGCAUGCCUCAUUCGACACGAGGGAAGAGCUUGUAUCAUUGCUUAGGGCUUGCGAUAACACGCUUCUUGAAAGUAGCCUGCAGUUGAUUGCGGAUGCACUUCUUGAAUGGCAUGCAGACAAUGCUCGCACAGUUGCGAGUGGGCGCAGGGAAUCAAGGAGGCGCUUGACAGAGUGCUUGCCCAGUGUCCCGGGAACUGGCCUUAGCUUGCAUGAGCAUUACAAUCAGAUUGCACUUCAGAGUCCACUUGCGUUGCUUCCGGUUCUUCGCAAGCGGAAGUUAGCUACUGAUAGGGUCGUAGAUCGCGGUGCCAGGGCCACUGAGGAGAUACGGCUUCGGCAGGAGUAUGCAUUGCGUCUUGCAGCCAUCAUGCAGGAGGCGCAACUGCCGGUGUGCAAGGUGCUUGCAGGGGUCAGCAAUGCCGAGGAAGCCUGGCCACGGCUGUUCGGGACCCGUCGAUCCAAGACAUUGAGAAAUCGCUUUAGAGCUUGGGACAAGUUUCGGGAAUGGUUGCUUUAUAGCCGUGGCAGGAGCUAUCCGGAAGGGGUAGCUGAUGUGCUAGAUUAUGCCAAUGAACGAUUCCAGGAAGGAUGUGGAAAGACAGUUCUCGAAAGCCUGCAAGCCUCUCUCAGUGUAAUUGAAGGUGUAGGGCGCGUGCCGUCUACGCAGCAGAUAUCUCAGGAUCCCACAUGGCAGGCGCAGCUCAAAAGUUACACGGCCGAUUUGGUUUCGGCGGCACCGCCGGAGCAGCCAGCCAGCAUGCUCACUGUUGCUAUCGUUCUUGCAUGUGAGAUCUUCGUUUGCACGCCCGGGGAGCCUAGUUACUUGAGAGCAUUGGGCUUUGUCUGCUUAUUGAUGGUUUGGGGAUCGCUUCGGGCUGAUGAUGUUCAGGGGCUCUUGCCGCAGACCAUGCUUCUGGACGAGCGAGGGCUUAGCAUUGAUCUCGCGCGGUCCAAGACUACAGGGCCCGACAAAAGGACCCACACCGUCAAGGUCUUCGUGGAACGGAGUAUCUCUCUGACAGGGCAUGAUUGGCUGAAGGUCGGAUAUGCACUUUGGAAGGAUUUCGAUUUUGAGAGGGAUUAUCUGGUUUUGAAGGCCAAUGAAGGUUUCACGGAACCCCUGGAGAAGUCGGUGCCUUCCUCCACGGUGGCCCUUUACUUCCGCAAAGUUCUCAGUGAGUUGAAAACGCCCAAGCGUGAGGGGCGCACAUGGAAGGCCAAUGAUCAGCGUCCGCUGCUCCCGGGAUACACUUCCAGUCAUUUUACGGGACAUUCUGCGAGGAACUUCCUUAGCUCGGUCGGAGCGGCCAUCGAUGUCGACCCCAGGGAGCUUGAUUAUCUGGGUCGCUGGAAGGUAGGUGGCGAAGGUUCUGCAACCUACAUUCGCACUUCUAGGCAGGUUGUGCAUCGUCUCCAGAGUCACAUUGCUUGUUCCCUUGUCACCGGACAGCCAAAGCACUACAUCGAGGUGGAUUCCAUCAAGGCUUUGACGGAUUAUGCAGCUAAGGCGGGGGAGAGCGAAUCUCAGGUUCGUCGCCGUCACACCCUCCUCGAGGGAUCCAAAGGCUUGGGCGGGUCGUGGCCAACUCUGGCAUUGGAAGUGGGUGUUGCGGCACCACCUUCUCCAGUCGAGCAGGUUUCGAUGCCAGGCAGCCGGGGGGAUUACUUCAUCGUUACCUCUCGCACCACAGGCCUGAGGCGUCUGCACAUGUUGGGCUGCUAUGUCAAGCCUGAGAAUUGUUAUGAUGUGAAAUUUGUCAGUCAUGUCGGCGCGGAGGACGUCGAUAACAUUUGCAAAGAUUGCAAAGCAAGAAUGAAGGCUCAGGCCGGAGAGGAGGAAUCAGACCCCUCCAGCAGUGACAGUGGGAGCGAGUCGAUGCGAUUCCAGGCAAUCGCCGAUUCCCGGCCGGAAGCUCGGGCUGCUGGGAAGGCGGACUUUGGUCUUGAUGAUGGGGCUGCUGAUGGGCGACAACAAAUCGCGGGGGUCGUCGCUGCAUGGGAACUUGCACGCGACGUAAUCAGCAAAGAGACGGAAACACGAGCAGAGGCGAAAGUGUUAGGCCAGCCGCGAAUCUUGCAAGUCACAGAGAGGCAAGCAAUGCUCAAGGCGGUAGCGGCCGUUCACGGGCAGCUGGGAGAGUCGGAGACUCCAUCGUCUGAGUACCUCGCUCUCAAGUGCGAGGAGUGCGAAGCCAAUGAGCCUCAGGCUUCAACCUUGGAUGCCAUAACUUCGAAGAAGAACACGCUCACCACGAGCAUCCAGUCCAGCCUUGACGCUUCGGGGCGAAUUCAUAUUACUCAGCACAAAUCCAAGAGCGAGCUCCCGACUACUACAGAAGCUUAUCGCAAGGUCCUUCGCGUGGAAGCUUUCACGUGGCUAUGCAUGGCAUCCCGCUUUAAAUCCAAGCAAUGGCUUCAGGAUCUUAAGCUGUCUGACUUCGACCACUUCGUGAACUACAUCCUUGGCGAAAAGGUCGCUCAGCUCUCAGUGCCUACGUCUCAUCAGCCAGCCGAUGAGACCUACUUCACGACGCCGCUCGCCUUGUCCAUCAUUGAGCGACCACGCAAGUGGCACAAAGGCAAGGGCAAGGGUGAUGUGGGCUCUUACCUUCAGUCACUGGGCAAUGUCACUAAUCUUCUUCAGUUCGAUCUUCAGCGCUCCACGGAGCAUGACUUGACUAAGGAAGGCUUGUGGCAGCACAUCUUUCAAUUGCUUGGCGAAGGGGAUUGGAUCCUCAUUGUGGAGCAGGCUAAUUAUUUUCUUGAUCAGACCGUGACGGCAUGUCAACUUGCAUGGCAGUAUGUUCUGGAGCACCCGGAGGAUCUCGGCGCAACGCCGGAUCACGAGUUACCGGCUUCCAUCUGGCAGCUACCAGCUCUGCGUGAGCUCCAGGUUUCCACUCAGGCCAUCACUUUUGCUUUCUUUCAAUGCAGCUUUGAGGCUCCCACUUCCAAACCCACACGCCUUCUCACUAAUCUACGGGCCUUUGUCGAGCAGCCUCCGCCUUUUGCUUCCUGGCCACGCUUCGACUCCAGUGAUCGCUACGUGGGGCCGUUGCCGCCACGCUGCCCGCACGGGAAACAUGACAAAGUACUUGCAGGUGAGGCAGGUCCAAUGCAGGAAUCCCACGAGGCGACGCAGGAGGCCCAGGAUGGGGAGUCUGUUCAGAUUGUUGACGGUAAGCGCUUAAGUGGUCACCUUCUUCCGAUCAGUGAGACACCCACCUACAUACAUGCCUACCGCGAUCUUCACCUCACAAUGCCCUGGAAAGGUAAGAGAUUAGUCAUCAUAGCUUUCAGUGUAUCGGAGCAUACUCAGGCAUGCGAUGAGGAUCUCGCGUUUCUUCGCGGGCAUGGUUUCGUCCUUCCGGGCGAAGAGCACAGUGUUGAUCUUGAGGCGGUCCAGUCAGAUGAUUCGGAGGUGCUGGAGGGGGGUGAGGUCGAAAGGCCGGAGCCCUUCAAGCAUCAGGAGUGCCACAACAUCGGGCUGCCUUUGAACCUCGAGUGGGAUGGCAAAACUCAGCCGAUCACGGAUGGCUUUGGACUCUGCUCACCCACUAGAUGGCCUCCGGAAGCCAGGGGGGGCCUGCUGCCCAAGCAGGCUUUGGAGUUCGCCACUGCCAUGCAUCAAGUGCUUCGAGACUUUGUAGCGGACGUUGUGCCUGAUAUCAAGCGCACGGCGAUGGAGCUUGCGCUAGGCAAGUGUACGGAUCUUGAUGUGGUGCCGAGUGGCCAGCCAUUCUUCUUGCAUGCUGAGGACUCCUAUGUCAGCGGGGUCGCGAUCGGUUAUGACUGCCCCGUCGCCGCAGCAAGAUCGGUCAAAAGAGAAGGCGUGGCCUUCCGCACUGAUGCAAAGUGCGCGGACGGGUACGUGGUCCUUGGGGGUUGGGAUUGCGCAGGCACAACUCAGGAGUCCAGAUGGUUCUCACUUCGACUUACUCCCUCAGAGGCCCCUUACCUCUUCGACUCAGAAGGUCACAGUCAGUGGGCUUCGGCAUCGGCUGAAUUGCUGGCCACGCUGGCUGCACUGCACAUCUUCGGUCACCUUGAAGCCGGGCCAACUAGGCGUUUGAUGAAGGUUGAGGUUCUAGCUCAGACGGAUAAUAAGUCUAACGAGGGCUUGACUCGCAAGGGUUCUACAACGCGCUGGCCCUUGCUCAUGGUUAACAUGCAGCUCACCCAUGUUCUCAUGAAGGCCGGCUUGCGGUUGAACUUGGGAUGGCGUCCACGGGACGAAAAUCAGGAGGCCGAUGAUUUAACCAACGAAAUCUUCGACCGUUUCUCUGAGGAGUUGCGGGUCCCAGUGCAGUACUCCGAAUUGCCGCUUUCCUUUCUUCACACUCUUUACGAAGCCAGGCGUUCACAGCUGAGCAGCCGUGAAGUGGAUUCCAUCCGCGACACGGUCGGUGGCAGGCCACGCUUCAGAGGCAAGAGAAAGAGAGAGAAGUCUCCUUGGUGA